AUGUAAUUUUAUUAAAAUUUAUAUGAUGAAAAUCCUUACUUUAACAGAUUCUUCUAGGAACACUUCUUGUAUUAGGGAUUCAAUAUUUAAUUAAAUGGUUUGCCUCAUUUCAAAUCCUAAUUUAAUUUGAUAAACAAGGACCAUCUGAAUUUGACUUGGAAAUGUAAAUAAGACAAUCAGAAAUUUAUUUUCAUGGCAAACAAUUAGAGUACAAAUACAAUUAUAAAAUCGUAGUCACAAGACUAAAAAGUAAUUAAUAAUUUAAUAUCCUAGUAAAUCCAAUACUAAUUUCACUUGAUCAAUAGAUCCAAUAGAUAUAGUGUCUUACUUGCUUUGAAAUACAAUUAUGAAAAGGGUUUAUUAAUCAAACAUACAUUUACUCCUCAAAUUUAGAUCAGUUAGAAUUCAGGAACAAACUCUAAUCUAGAUGUUGGAUUCAAAUAUAGCUAUUUUAGCAAAUUAGACAAUGUACGAGUCAGAUUUAAUAUAUUUUCAUCUCUAUUAAAUAGAUAAAAUACAGAAUAUUAAUUGAUUGGCAAUUUCACAAAGCCAUAUAAAUUAUAGAUUGGAUUACAAAACAGCAGAAUUUGGUUGGGUUUCAUAUAUAAAGCCAAGCUUUUAAAUACAUAUAGUGUUGCAAAUUAUAAUAUUUCCAAUAAGAAAUAUGAUGCCAGUGCAUAUUUUCAGAUCAAUUAAAUUGAAAAUAAGUUGGAUAAUAAAUUGAAAUUUUUGAUUGGUGUUUCAACAGAAAAAGAGUUACUAGGAAAAAUAGAUUUUUUGACAAAAGUGGGAGCUUUGGGAUAUUGUCUAAAAUGGUAACACGUAAAAGGUAUGAGUAUGGGAUAUAAUAUUGAAAUAUGA